AUUUUAUGUGUAAUACAGACUUAAAAAGAUUGUAACAAAUAAAAUUAUAUAAAUACCAAAUGGGAAUUACCUAAAUGACAAUUACGUGGAAGAAUUUAAUUAAGGCCUGUUUGGUGUUUUCCUGAGAGAAAAAUUAGCCUGGAAAUACAAGUACAGUACAAAGAGCAGAAAAGGACCAAUAGCAGUUGAUUAGAAAUAUGGAAAGGGGAGAUAUUUCAUCUAAGGAAAAAACUAAAUUUUUAUGGGAAUACAUCAACGCGGAAUUUAUAAAAUAAUCAAUAUAAACUGAAGAGAGUGGCAGUAACAAUAACAGAAGAAAGAGUAUGAAAUAGCUCUUUUGAUAGAUUUAGAUGAAGAAUUAUUUACUUCAAAGAAUAAGAUACAGUAGAAUGUGUUUCGACGGAAUAGACUCAGAUUUAGACAAGAAAACUUUUGUCGAGUAUAAGUUAUUUGUAUCGUAUAGUUAUUUAAGAAAAUAAAGAAAAAAGUAUAGUUAUUAAAGAAAAUAAGAAAAAAAUAUUUCAGAAAAUAAUGAAGAUAAGAAGAUUCAGACUGAAGGGAAAAAGGGAGAAUCUGAUCAUCAUGGAAAAUGAUCCAGCAAAGGAUCCAAAGGAAGAAACGAAUUCUAUCAAGAAGAACGAUGAAAAAAAAUGGAAAGAAAGUUAUUGAAAAAGUUGAGAAAGAUAAAGGACAAAAGAUAAGAAAAGAAGAGGAGCUGAAGAUUCAAUCUCUGAAGUUACCUAACUUGAUCAUCGAGAGGAAAGAAGGGAACGAUAUAGUGAUAAAACGGCAUAUCUCCAAAAAUCAAUGAUAUCUUAAAAACAACGCUGUUGGUGAAUGAAACAAAGGAAGAAACAGAAAAAACAUUGGAACACAGCAAGCUACAACUUACGCUAGAGGAAGUCGUCGAUACUGUGAACAAGUAUAGAAAAAGUUAAAAGAAGAGAAACCUAGACCAUAUGCAUUGUCAUC